UUAAUCAAAGAUAAGUAAUAUAUGAAUUUAAUAAGUAACCAAUAAAAUUUUGCUAAUUUAUAAAUGAAUUAGUGGUAAUGGCAUUUUCUACAAACAUGAGUGGUGUUAUCAAAAUAUACCAAAGAUUGUUGACAAAAUAUCCAUUAAUCACUCAAGCAACACAAGCAGGUACAUUAAUGGCACUUGGAGAUCAGAUUGCACAAAAUUUAAUUGAACAGAGACAAAUUAAAAACUUAGAUUUUGUAAGAACAGCUCAAUUUGCAAGUAUAGGAUUUUUUAUUGCUGGACCUGUGACCCGAACUUGGUAUGGAAUAUUAGAUAAAUAUGUUGGUUCAAAAGGUGGAAUGGUAGUAUUGAAAAAGGUAUCUUAUGAUCAGUUAUUUUUUGCACCAGCAUUUUUAGCAGUUUUAUUAUCAACAAUUGGUAUUUUACAAGGAAAUGAUUUAGAACAGUUAAAAGUAAAGUUGUAUAAUGAAUAUCCAGAUAUUUUAAAGAAUAAUUACAAGCUUUGGCCUAUGGUACAAUUAUUCAACUUUUACUUUAUACCUUUACAAUAUCAAGUCUUAAUAGUUCAAUCAAUAGCUUUGUUAUGGAAUACUUACAUUUCCUAUAGGACAAGUUUAGGAAAAUAA